GCACUAUCAAUUCAUUUUCUAUCAUCUAGGAUGAGCAAAUCCUGUCAACUCUCGUUUACCAUUCUUAUUGUCUUCACAAUUGUUGUACUAGGUUUGUAUUGUCUUAAUUUAUUACAUAUAUCUUUUUUUCCAAAGAAACAUCCAAAAGGAAAAUUUAUUUGCGCACCUUCAACCCCGGGAGGACCUUUUCAAUGUCAAUGUCGUCAUCCUUGCCGUUAAGUCUUUUUUUUUUUUUUUUUUUUUAACAAAAAAAUCUCAAAUAAUG